GGGCUCCAGAUGAGCGCGCGACGGCACAAGCAAACAAAAUGAAUCCUGAUGGGGACACAUUAUCAGUGAUUGAGAAUACGGUGGCCAUCGGCCAUCCCUUCCGCUCAGAGGAGGCAUCAGUCGUGCGACAAAGCGAGGGAGCGCAGAACUGCUUUAAAGGGUUUCAGACCACACCGCACACUCACAGGCUGCUGAGGAUGCUUGCCGCCGUGUGUGUACUUGGACUCCUGGGAGGUUUGGCUGUCAGUGUCUGGAUAUUAGUCAAGUUUCUUCUGAGGCCGUCGUCCUCUCACCAUUUGGUAGGACUCGGGGACACAAAGGACACGCCGUUCUGCAACGUGACGGAAGACGCUUCCAUUUCCGACCCCAGGAAAGUGUUUUACAGGAUCAGCCCAGAGAACUCCCUGCUGGAGAUCCAGCUCGGAAAGCUGCUCGCCUGGCUACCAGUGUGCUACGAAAGAUGGAACUCCUCUCUGGGAACGCUGGUCUGCAGGCAGCUGGGUUAUCUGAGACUGACCAAGCAGAAAGGAGUGAAUCUGACUGACAUUGGGCCAAACUACACUGAUGGCUUUUUACAGAUAACCUCAGACAACAGGGGCACUCUGGAAAACAUGUGGCAAUUCAGGCGGAGGUGCAUCACUGACAAGGUUAUCGCUUUACAAUGUUUUGAGUGCGGAACACGAGCAAAGCUGCCCAGGAUAAUCGGGGGAGUGGAGGCCUCGCUGGGCAGGUGGCCCUGGCAGGUUAGCCUCUACUACGGCAACCGACACACCUGCGGAGGCUCCAUCAUCACCAGCCAAUGGAUAGUCACAGCUGCUCAUUGUGUGCAAAACUACAGGCUGCCUCAGGUAUCCAGCUGGGCAGCCUACACGGGUCUCGUGACACACUCGGCAAAAAUGACGGAACAUGUGAGGCAUGCCGUGGAGAAGAUCAUCUACAACAAGAACUACAAACAUGUGAGCCACGAUAGCGACAUCGCCUUAAUGAAACUACGGACACCGCUUAAUUUCUCAGAUAUAGUUAGGCCUGUUUGCUUGCCCCAAUACGACUACGAUGUACCUGGAGGUACGCAGUGCUGGAUCUCUGGCUGGGGUUACACACAACCUGACGGUGUUAACUCAUCAAACACCCUAAAAGAGGCCCCCAUUCCCAUAAUAAGCACCAACAGGUGCAACAGCUCCUGCAUGUACAAUGGCGAGAUCACACCGAGGAUGCUCUGUGCCGGAUACACGGAGGGCAAAGUGGACGCCUGUCAGGGAGACAGUGGCGGUCCUUUGGUGUGCCAGGAUGACAACGUGUGGAGAUUGAUGGGGGUUGUCAGCUGGGGAAACGGCUGCGCUGAGCCCAACCACCCCGGAGUCUACACCAAAGUGGCGGAAUUUCUCGGCUGGAUCUAUGAGAUUAUGGAGAAUUACUGAGUCAGACGAGGCCCCCAGCAAUUCAGCAAUUCAGAGCGCUUUCUACAUUUUUACAACACACGUUGAAUGUGAACGUAAAAUUCAGUCUAAAA